AUGCCAGUGAAAUGUUGUUUCCACAGAUCUUCACCUGCAGAAGCAAUAGCAUGGUCUGAAAACAUGGACACACUUUUAGCCAACCAAGCUGGCUUAGAUGCUUUUAGAACAUUUCUAAAAUCAGAAUUUAGUGAAGAAAAUAUUGACUUCUGGCUUGCCUGUGAAGACUUUAAGAAAACAGAAAGUGCAGAAAAAAUUGCUUCCAAAGCGAAGAUGAUUUAUUCUGAAUUUAUUGAAGUUGAUGCUCCUAAAGAGAUUAACAUUGACUUCAGUACAAGGGACCUCAUUUCAAAGAAUAUUGCUGAACCAACUCUCAAAUGCUUUGAUGAGGCUCAGAAAAUAAUCUACUGUCUCAUGGUCAAGGACUCUUUUCCUCGAUUUCUGAAGUCAGAGAUUUAUAAGAAAUUUGUAAAUAGCCAACAGGUUGGAAAUCAUAAAAAAUGGUUCCCUUUCUUGUGA